CCUUCCGACCUGGACUACUCCCUGCCCACUGGUGCUCUUCGAUCGGCCGACGGUUAUCCACACACUUCUACAGCCUCUAUGAUUCUUCUCUCUCCACCUGCCCGGAUCCACUCUCCACCCCUUGGCGCUUUUUCACCCACGUCCAGUGGGCAUGGCAGCCGCCCUUCAGCCCCACCUAAUGUCACAGCUCCUGGUGUGCUGGACCUGCUGACCGGUGCCGUGGCACCACAGUGGCAUUUAACUUCUCACAAUCAGUCCUACGGUCUACCACUUUCGUCUCCCAAAGCACCCAGCUUCGACUCGAAAUCCCACACAAAUCAUAUGCUUGAACUUUGUGAAGACACAGCAGAAAUUAAUAAUUCCAUCUCUGAAGAUGACGCAACGGCAGUCCAGCCGGGAACUAAUGAAAGUAAGCCAACUAGCCCACCACUACAUCGUGUCUGGUCUUCCACAUCUCAAUCCGACUCGUCCUCCAUCCUUCACCCUACACCACCCUCCAGUCUAUCCCAUGUUUUUCACCCCACAAUCUCUGAAAGAGGAAAUGCAGCUAUUGGUCAACAACCCUCGUCGUCUGUCGUCACAUCUUCCGGUGUCGACCUCUUCUAUCGCAGCCCUUCUUACAAGUUAGCUACAUUGUCGUCAACGUUUACCUUCGACUGUUUGAAAGAGUCUGGCCUACCUUCCGAGAGUAUACUUGACUCGUCUGCUCAAUCGGCUUGCACUGAAUUCACCUUGUCUUCUGGUGAUCUCCAGAAUUGCGGCAAAGCAUCUGUUCCGGUACAUGUGCAGUCGUCCUCGGAAUCUUCUGGCAAGAUAAUCGUGUCGCUGGCAGACCAUGUAAACCGGAGUCCUCCGCGGCCAACUCUGGAUGCUAUGGCGAACCUGGUGAACAGCUUGGCUCUGGGCUUACUUCACUCAGGCCGCUUGGCGACGCUUUCAGAGAUUGCUGCUCAUCUCGGAGAGCUGCUUGUCCCCGAGGGACAACUCCAAUUGGAUCUUGCUUUUAAGGCAACUAAACAAGAAAGACAUGAAUCAGGGACAGCACCAUGGAUGAUGGUAGAUAAAGAGGGCUUAACUCAGCCUGGAUUCGAAGCUCAAGAGCCCUCUUUGCAUUGGCUACAGGAGAACAGUUUGGCUCUCUGGUUAAUUUCACAAAAGUGA